AUGGACUUUUCAGGAUGUGUCAACGACGAAUUAUUUGGGCCUACGGUCCGGGGAUGUCGAGGCGACUUCGACUUCACCAUCGUGUUUGAGAAUGUCUUCUUUUCCCUCAUCUUAUUUGGCCUUGGAUGGGGAUUUACUACCAACUUUACUACCAUCUGGCUUAAAUUCUGGUCUGAGGAUGUAUCUACAAGUCCCGCCCACUCUAGCUCAUUUUAUCUCGGCAUAUAUGCUCUCCUCCAAGUAUCAGCCCUUGCAUCCCUCUUUUCCGUCUACAUGGUGUGCUUUAGAGCAAUGAUAUCAGCAUCCGGCGCUAGGCUCCAUAAAGAAGCUCUUAGGACAGUAAUAAACGCUCCGCUAAGCUUCUUUACUACUACCGACACUGGCGUCGUAACUAAUCUCUUCUCGCAAGACAUGACACUGAUUGAUGGAGAGCUCCCCCAGUCAUUCCUCAAUCUUAUACUCCAGAGCUUCACCUGUCUUGGAAUGGCAGCGGUAAUAGCUACGUCUUCGCCAUUCCUCGUGAUCACUUACCCCUUUCUAGUGAUUAUCAUAUACGGCAUAAAAAAAUUCUAUCUCCGCACAUCUCGCCAGAUUCGCCUCUUGGAUCUUGAAGCUAAAAGCCCCCUUUACUCACAUUUUAUUGAUACGAUUAAAGGCAUCGCAACUUACCGUGCUUUUGGGUUUAUCCUCCAACUAGUAGUAACGGCUCUUGCGUUCGUCAUAGUCACUCUAGCCACACAGUUACGCUCAAACGGAGGUUUUACUAGUGCUAGUCUGGUCGCAUUAAUGACCUUUGGUAACAAUCUUUCUUUCAUGAUUCGGACGUACACCGUGCUUGAAACAUCUAUAGGUGCUAUUAGUCGAUUGAAGAAUUUUAGCGAGAGGGUGAAAUCCGAGGGUCUGGAGGGAGAGGACAUCGUACCCCCUUCAGACUGGCCUCUGAGAGGAAGUAUUCAGAUAAAUGGUGUUUCAGCAUCUUACACAGAUGCUAGCUUGGAGGUUUCCAAGGAAUUAAGUGGUGACAACGAUGGCCUUACUAAAGGGCCUGAUCAUAUCACUCUAAGAAACUUAGACAUAACUAUAGCCCCCGGUGAAAAGGUAGCGCUAUGCGGUCGAACUGGGAGCGGGAAAUCUUCCAUAAUUCUCCUUCUACGCCGUUUACUUAAUCCUAUUUCAUCAUGCACCGAGAGGAUCAUCAUUGACGAUAUUGCCCUCCACAAAAUCGACCGCGCUACUCUUCGCCAGCGUAUAAUUGCCGUGCCUCAAGACCUGGUAUUUUUACCUGACGGGACGUCUUUCCAAACUAACCUGGAUCCGUUUGAUUUCGUCGACGAGCGCGGUGGUCUCGCGGCUGGAAUGUUUGCGGACACUCUCUCAGGAGGUCAGCGGCAGCUAUUCAAUCUUGCACGUGCCAUUCUGAGGCGAAGGGUUAGAACGAGACAACUUGAAUCAGAAUUAGGAGAGAAAAGCGUAAUGGUUGGCGGGAUCCAGCUUCUGGAUGAGGUCAGUUCGAACGCAGACUGGGAUAUAGAUAAAGCAAUGCAGAAUAUCAUAAGGGAGGAAUUCGGAGGGUACACAAUUAUCAUGGUCAGCCACCGGUUGGACAUGCUACUUGGAUUUGACAAAGUUGUGGUAAUGGAUAAGGGAAGCAUAGUCGAGACAGGCCGUCCGAGUGUAUUAGUUGAAACCCAUGGAUCCAAAUUCAGGGAGCUAUGGACGCUUGCCAAUAGAGGACAAAGCGUAGAGAAUGUUUGA